AUAUGUCAGACUACCAAUCCAUCGCUGCUCGCAAGCAACAGCAUCUCGACUCCCUGAUUCCCUCCGAAUGGCGCCUCAACGCCUCGCAGAUCCCCCCGGGAAUGCUCUCCCCCGCUGAGUCCGUCACCAACACCGCCUCCUACGAGAGUGUCAAUGUCACCGGCAUUCCGCGGACCUGCGGCCUUCUCAGCCCCGAUGAGCUGCACAUCACGGAGGACUACGAUGUCCGUGCUCUUCUCACGGAGAUUCACUCGAAACGACUCACUUCGGAGGAAGUCGUCCGCGCAUUCUGCAAAAGAGCCGCUAUAGCCCACCAACUAACCCGCUGCCUCACCGAGCCCCUCUUUACGCAAGCCCUCGACCGCGCACGAACUCUCGACGCCCACCUCAAGCGCACGAGCAAGCCCCUCGGACCCCUUCACGGUCUCCCCGUUUCCCUCAAAGACACCUUCCAGGUGACCUCCACAGACGCCACCACGGGGCUUGCAUCCUUAGCCUUCCACCCCUCCACACAAGACUCCGCCCUCAUUACCCUCCUCCACUCCCUCGGCGCCAUCGUCAUUGCCAAGACCAAUGUCCCGCAAACCGUUGCUGCCCUAGACACCGUCAAUAACCUCUUCGGUCGCACCCUCAACCCACUCAACCGUCAACUCACCGUCGGCGGCAGUACGGGCGGGGAGGCGGCUCUCCUCGCCCUGCGGGGAUCCAUGGUCGGCUUCGGCACGGAUAUCGGGGGCAGUGUGCGCAUUCCACCAAUGUGUGUCGGGAUCUAUGGGUUCAAACCGAGUGUGGGUCGGGUGCCGUUUGGGGGUCAGCAGGAAGUUGGACAUGUGGGUGGGAUAGGACGCGUGAGCAUGCAAGCCGUGGCGGGGCCCAUGGCCAGGUCGGUGCAUGAUAUUGGGGUUGUGAUGAAGGAGAUAGUGCCUCAGGCGGAGCUGUUUGGGGAGGAUUGUAUCCCGGGGCUCUGGGGGGAAGUGGGAAGUUUCACUGGGGAGAAGUUGAGGGUUGGUUUGCUUCGGAAAGAUGGAUUGGUUGAACCGCUUCCGCCGAUUGUGAGAGUGUUGGAGGAGGUCGCGCAGGUUUUGCGGCAAACGCCUGGGGUGGAGGUCGUGGAACUGCCGGUGCCAAAGGCGUUGGCGAAGUGUCAGGGCUUGGCGAAUCGCCUCCUGGGUGUCGAUGGGGGAGGGGCGAUGAUGGAUUUGAUGGAACAAAUGGGCGAGCCAUUGAUCCCUUGGUUACAGGGACGAAUGAAGCGUGGGAAGGGGCUUACGGCCACUGAGGUGGCGGCGUUGCAGAGGCAACGGGCUGAGGUAGAGAGAGAUAUGUUGCGGAUGUGGCUGCCCGAGGAAGUUGAGGGCCAGAGGACCCGGCGCAUUGAUGCCAUCAUCCAUCCUGUUGCGCCGCAUCCUGUCCCUGAGCCGGAUCGGUACAAUGGCGUCGGGUAUACCUCGUCCUGGGUGCUGUUGGAUUACCCAGCGGGUGUGGUUCCCGUGCGUAAGUUCCGAGAAGACGAUCUGGAGCUGGGGAAGGAGAUGGCAGUUCCUGUAGGGGGAAGCUGGGAUAAGGCCAAUCGGAAGUUGUGGACCGAGAACACGGUUGAUAGACGGGUUUACCUCGACUCGCCGCUGAGCGUGCAGGUCAUUACCCCAAAGCAGCAUGAUUACGAGCUUUACCGGGCGAUGCAGAUAGUUGACGAGGCGAUUCGAUCGGGGCCAAGGGAGACAGCUAAGCUGUAAUAUCUCUCAUACACAACAGAGAGAGAGAGAGAAUAGAUUAUGGAUAUAUAAUUCAAUACCUGGACACAUCCCUUCCGAACAAAUUGUUCAUCAGCCAUCGAAACGCAACCCGCAACUUAUUCCUCCAACUGAUAC